GCGAGGGAGAGUGAGUAAGAGUGAGAGGGGGAGAGAGAGAGAGAGAGAGAGCUCCUUACCUAUUGAAACUCCUAACAUCUGUGUGUGUGUGAGAGAGAGAGAGAGAGAGAGAGAGAGAGAGAGAGAGAGAGAGAGAGAGAGAGAGAGACGUAUAUAUUGUAAUUGCUAUAUAACAUCUGUGAGUGAAUCUAAUCUUUGUAAUAAUCGAUAUAUAGCCUACAAGUGAUCGGUCAGUCAGUCAGUCAGUCAGGCUCGUGUGUCAGUACUAACUUAUAUACUAGAAAUUGAAAAGGAAGGAAGGAAGGAAGGAAGGAAAGGAAGGAAGGAAGUGGAGUGUGACUGUGUGUGUACGUGUGUGUGUGUGUGUGUGUACGUGUGUGUGUGUGUGUGUGUGCAUCACCACCAAGCACUCAAGAUGCACUCGUCAGCUCAAACGUCAGUGGUGAUGAAACUGGUGAUGAAGACGGUGGUGAUGAUGAUGGUGGUGGUGGUGGUGGUGCCGGUGGUGGUGGUUCAAGGACUUGAUGACAGCAGCUUCAACUUGGACAUCAGCUCCAAGGCCGCUGAUAACUCCCCCGCGAUGGACAACUGGAUCAAGCGACUCUACGACAACAAGAUGCAAGAUUAUAACAAGAACGCUCGCCCCGUCAAGGACCCCAGCAAGCCCACCACUGUCACCCUGGGCCUGUCACUAAAGAAUAUACACUUGGACGACCAGAAGCAGGAGUUCUCGGUCAACGCCUGGACGAUCAUGACGUGGAAGGAUGAAUUUCUGGAGUGGGCGCCGAAGAACUACAUGAACAUCGACCGUCUGCACUUCGACGACGAUGAUAUAUGGAUUCCCGACAUCAAGAUAUAUAACAGUGCCGAAGGGUCUGACGCCCAUCCCUUCGGAGAUGUUCCCGUGCUGGCUGACUACAAGGGGCAGGCUUUUUGGUUCCCGCCGACGCACCUCACCGUCAAGUGCGACCUCAGCCUGCUCGAGUGGCCGAGGGACGCCCACGAGUGUCUGGUCCGCAUGGGGUCCUGGGCACACCACGGCGAGCAGAUCGACAUUCAGAUUUUGACGCAUAAUGACUCGCAUGGGGUGAUGACGGACACCCUGGAGAAGAACAGCCGCUGGGAGCUCGUCAACGUGAAUGCCACGCGAACGCUGACCACCAUUGAAGGUCAUGACCCGUAUGUCGAGGUCAAUUUCGCCUUUCGGGUCAAACGCAACUCCAGUACACAAGCCAUUUACAUCACGCAGUCCACGCUGGCGGUGGUGGUGGUGGUGUUGGCUUCCUACUUGCUGCCCCUCCAACGCUUCCUCAGCCGCCUCAUCAUGCACCUGUUCUCCCUGGGUGUCCUCAUCGCCUGCUUCUUCACCCUCUUCGCCCUCCUGCCGGCCACUGGGGGACCAACGCCUGUCGUGGUCCGAUACUAUGCUGGCACCAUCAUCCUGACCACACUCUCCCUGCUGUCCACACUCUUCGUCACCACCCGCGCCUGCUGCUGCUGCUGCUGUGGGGCCUCCUCCUCCUCCUCCUCCUCUUCCUCCUCCCUUGGCAAGACCCUGGUGAGCAUCGUGGCCAAUCCGUCGCAGCUAAGGACUGUCGUACCUCAGGCUAGGGCUCCGUCUGGGACCCCAUACAACACACUGGAGAACGAACUUGCCGCGGAGGAGGACGAGGACGACCAGCGGCGACCACGGGCGGCCCAGCUCAACCAGGCGGACAACGGCUCAUCUCGCACAUCCCGCUACGCACGUUUACAGGCAGCGGAUGGAGGAGAAGGAGGAGAAGGGAAGGUUGACGGAGUUACGCAUCGACAGUUCCUCCAGGUCAUCAAUUUCCUCCUCAUGACGUUGUUCUCGAUCGCGUUUGUGGUGGAUUACGUCGUGCUGCGGAAUGUUACGCUCUAGGGCGCCUCGACGGAUUGGCUACGUAAUGGUAAUGCUUGUGGAUGACGGAACAGGUACGUAAUGGUGGAUGAUAGUUAUAAGGGGGAACGGAGUGGUAUGGAAGUGUUCACGUAAUGGUUCUGGAUUGGCUAUGUAAUGGUGACGCUUGUGGAUGAUGGAUUAGGUGUUGGUGCGCAAUGCUUUUCUCAGCACCACAGCCAUAAAAACAUCCUUACAAAUGACGUACAAGCGUAAGGCAAACAGAACGAGUCAGCAACAUCAAGAGGGCUCAAGAAGCAAGAUGGAGCGGGCAAGACUCUGAAAACUACCAAGAAAGCAGCGUACAAGGGAGCCCUGAGGCGGCCGGCGCUAUGGGUCACUUAUCACCCAGGCCUGCCCCAGCACAACCACUCUCCAUACUACCAAGUUAACAAAGUAUGUACAAUCAUAUGUCAAAAUUUUAUGCCAAUCAAAUAAAUACAAAUGGUAACACAGGGAUGAAAUGGAAAAAAAGUCUUUAGGGGCCAAUAUCUUGAAAAGUAGUUUUUUACAAAAUUGGUAAAAAGUCUGACUGACUUCAGUUUGGUAUCAGUAAAAACUACGACUAAAAGACAAUUUUUGCCCACUAUAAAAUUUUGGAAAAUAUCAAAAGAAAACAGGACACAGAGUGGAGAAAAUUAUGUGACAAAAAAUUGUAAUUUUUUUUUAAGACAAAAUGAAAAAUCAAAAAUUUUCUAGCUGGGUAAUGUAGAUACGUAAACAAAGUUUCUUUGGUAUUUUUUUCAAAGUGAUUAUCUGAAAAUUAAAGUCUGUGAAACAAAAAAAAGAAAAGUACACUUUGUUUGAGUCUCUCCUAAACUUCACCUGAAUUUAAUGAAAUUCACAGAAUAUCACACCUUUACACCUACACACAACACACUAAAACUUCAAAGCUAUUGGACGAACCAUAUGCACGGGAUGACCCCCGUAGCUGCCCCCCUUUGGGGUUGUGUAUAGAGAUAGAACACAUGAAGGUUGUAUUAGAGUAGCGAAUGGUUUACGUAUGGACAAAGUGAAGCAUACGAAGGCCAGUUAGUAUGUUACAUGUAUUCUUUUGAGGCAUAUUGUGUUGAGUCAAAUACAGCAUAUACAGUAUGUACCCGCUAAUCCAGGAAGUCCAUGGCCCUCUGUAUUCAGGACUAAAGGACUCUUACUAUAUAUACUGUGAGAAUGUGUGUUUUUAAGUAUUUAGAAAGGGUUUCACUAGGAGUAAUGUUAGUGCAUUUUAUAUGUAUUCUUACGUAUCAAACCGAGUGGUAAAUCAGAUGCUUCGAGAAUGUGUUUGAAAGUAUAAAGAAAGAAGGGUUUGACCAGGCGUAAACUCCAGUGCCUUUUACACACAUUCUUACUUAUUAAACCACAUGUCGGAUGUGUGAGAAUGUGUUUAUAAGUACGUAUUUAGAAAGAAGGGUUUGCUAAGUAAGUCAGAUGUGUAAGAAUGUGUUUAUAAGUAUGUAUUUAGAAAGAAGGGUUUGCUAAGUAAGUCAGAUAUGUGAGAAUGUGUUUAUAAGUGUAUUAAGAAAGAAGGGUUUGCUAAGUAAGUCAGAUGUGUAAGAAUGUGUUUAUAAGUAUGUAUUUAGAAAGAAGGGUUUGCUAAGUAAGUCAGAUAGGUAAGAAUGUGUUUAUAAGUGUAUUUAGAAAGAAGGGUUUGCUAAGUAAGUCAGAUGUGUGAGAAUGUGUUUAUAAGUAUGUAUUUAGAAAGAAGGGUUUGCUAAGUAAGUCAGAUGUGUAAGAAUGUGUUUAUAAGUACAUAUUUAGAAAGAAUGGUUUGCUAAGUAAGUCAGAUAUGUAAGAAUGUGUUUAUAAGUGUAUUUAGAAAGAAUGGUUUGCUAAGUAAGUCAGAUAUGUAAGAAUGUGUUUAUAAGUGUAUUUAGAAAGAAGGGUUUGCUAAGUAAGUCAGAUGUGUAAGAAUGUGUUUAUAAGUGUAUUUAGAAAGAAGGGUUUGCUAAGUAAGUCAGAUGUGUAAGAAUGUGUUUAUAAGUGUAUUUAGAAAGAAGAGUUUGACUAAGGGUAAAAUCAUAAUGCAAUCUAUAUACGUAUUAUCUUACAUGUCAAGCCAAGCGAUGGUGUAUGUUUUGCGAGUACGGCUUUCACAUAAUGGGUAGAUACGAUGCAUUUUACGUAAUUCAUAUUCUUUUGUGCCGAUCGACGUGCUUUGUCAAAUGUACGCUGAGGGAAUGUGAUUGAAGCUACGAUACAUUCUACAAAUAUCUCUUUUUCGUGUUAAUCCAAAUGCUUCAAGAAAUACAUGCAGGGAGAGUCUAUGUUUUGAAAGUAGGGGUUUGUUAUGUUAUGUUGUAUUUUAAUUAUAUCCUUUCAUGUUAAUCUAUUUGGUUGUUGAAUGGAUAUAGCUAAGGUUGUAUAUGUACUUAAUAAAGAGUAAAGAAUUGGA